CCGCAUCUUUACUAAACCAUAUAAAUGAAAAUAUGAAUAGCGUAACUUAUCUACUUCACGGUAUUCCUAACUCAUGCAUGCUGUAUUAUUAUAUUAUUGCAUAUACAGUACGCAGGGAACAAGUGAAAAAGCAAAGCGACUGAUUGUCCGUGGACUUGUUAGCUACAGCAAAAGAUCCAGGCAAUGAAGCUAAUGACAUGACUUUCCAGGCACUUAUGCUACCCCAAAUCUGAGACUAUUGUAUGGCCUACAGCGAGUUUAGUAAUACGUGUGCCAAGCCAGGCUUGAGAAAGGUGAUGCGAAACACGAUCCAAAAUAAAGCAUUUUGUCUUAUCGAUCACCAUAUGGCAGCUCGCGAGAGUUCCCCGGGGAAUCAAGGUAGAUCAUCACAAAUAAACCGAUCAAGUCGUGCACAAAAGAAACCAAUCAGGAUCUGCUUUACGGAAACACCUUUAGAGGGUCCACAGCCAGGAUAUCCUCAAUCAACGGCCCCGCCCACCAUCAUUCGAACCUCAUAUAAGCGUAUUUGGCGGGAUAAAUCAAAUGAUCGGAUAAAUUAUCAAAAGGCCAUUAGAUUAGCGACGUACUCAUGCUUACCUGAUCUCCGUCUGCGUUUCCAGUCAUCCCUCCAGCGACUUCUAAGCUAUAUUAGAACAAAGGAUUUAAAGCCAGAACGGCAGUACCCGUACGCAUUGGCUAUUAUCCAGCAUUGUUCCAGUCAAAAGGAAUCCUUUGCUUGGUUUUUGGAUCCCUUAAAAGAACUAUUUGAUGGCCUGCCGUCGAAACGGAAAUCUUCAGGUCGUGUCUCGAUCUUUUUGGCUGAGGCCAAAUAA